ACUGCCUUGUCUCAAGUGAUCGCGUUUUGAUAAAGUUAGUUGAAGAGUCGGUCACAUGUCCUGUCCCAGGUCCUCGCUAGCUGUGUGCGGUGGCGGAAGCAGGAAGCUGGCGGAGCCGGAGUGACGUCAGGCCCGGACCUGGGAACAGCCUGCUGUGGACCCAUGGAGAUAGCGGCUCCGCUAGGCGGAAGGAGAGUAAGGGACGGACGAGGAGCGGGAGACAGAUAUAACAGAAGAUUCCUGACCAGAAGUUAAUGUGUGGAGAUAUAUAUAUAUAUGUAUCUGAGCUGGUAGCACAGACACCGAUGUUGGAAAACUAAUAUAUCUUCAGGAUGGGUCAAGACAAAGGAAAAUAUGACUUUUAUAUUGGGCUUAGUCUCGCGAUUAGCUCAAGUAUAUUUAUCGGUGGCAGCUUCAUACUGAAGAAGAAAGGGCUGCUGAGACUGGCGAGAAAAGGCUCUAUGAGAGCAGGUCAAGGUGGUCAUGCGUAUCUAAAAGAAUGGCUGUGGUGGGCGGGGCUUCUCUCAAUGGGAGCAGGCGAAGUUGCAAAUUUUGCUGCAUAUGCCUUUGCACCAGCAACACUUGUGACCCCUUUAGGAGCUUUAAGUGUAUUAGUCAGUGCCAUCCUGUCUUCAUAUUUUCUAAGUGAGAAACUAAACCUUCAUGGAAAAAUUGGAUGUGUGCUAAGUAUAUUGGGAUCAACAGUAAUGGUCAUCCAUGCCCCUCAAGAAGAGGAGAUAGAAAAUUUAAAUGAGAUGUCCAUCAAGUUAGCUGAUCCAGGUUUUUUGCUUUUUGCUACAGGAGUGAUCAUUGUCUCACUUAUCCUCAUCUUUGUGGUUGGACCAAGUCAUGGCCAGUCAAAUAUUUUGGUCUAUAUCUCUAUAUGUUCAGUCAUUGGAGCCUUGUCUGUCUCAUGUGUUAAAGGACUGGGAAUUGCUAUCAAGGGACUAUUUGCUGGAGAACCUGUUCUGCGGAAUCCCUUGUCCUGGAUCCUAUUGAUCAGCCUUAUAGUGUGUGUUAGCACUCAGAUUAACUACUUAAACAAAGCUCUGGACAUCUUUAACACCUCUUUGGUGACACCUAUUUACUAUGUAUUCUUCACCACCUCGGUGCUUACUUGCUCUGCUAUUCUAUUCAAGGAGUGGCAACACAUGUCUACCACUGACAUGAUUGGCACCUUCAGUGGUUUUAUGACAAUAAUCAUUGGAAUCUUUUUACUGCAUGCCUUUAAAGACGUGUCCCUUACCCUCUCCAAUCUGCCAGUUUCUCUCCGAAAAGAAGAGCGUCUCCUAAAUGGGAACCUUUCCAACAACAUUUAUGAGCGUUUGAAUGGGGACGAGGAGAGCCACCUUUGUGACACUGACAUGCAGAUAAAUGACAACACAGCUUCUCGGCGCAAUGGAAGUCUAACGCCAUUUUAAAGUAUGAAAAUAUCUUCACUGCCAGCAAAACCACACAUGAUCGUAAACUGUUCUGAUGGGUUACUGGGUGAAUAUGGAAUAUUUAAAUUGCCUUUGACAUUUUGCUCAGUGACUUUAAGUAAUGCAUUGCCUUCUGGGUAUCUGUAGCGCUAUUCUGCCGCUGCUCGUGUUCUGGACCAAUAGGCUAGGGAGCAGUGUGCAGAGCGGGUAUAAAUAAAAUAUCCUGGACAGUUUCUAAACCAAAAUAUUUUCCUAUACUGCAGCUGUGCCACUGAAAGUAUUUAAAGGGGUUUUCACUAUUGCAUGUGGGUGAAUAAAUCUGUGGGUAUCCAUUCGCCAUUUUUAAACAAUGGUAUAGGGCAGCAGUAUGUGGUGGUGUGAACAUAGGUGGACAGGAUUUACCCAGGGAAGACCCAAAGGGUUGCUUUAAGUUCACACCCCAAAAUAGCAAGUGUUCUUUAAAAUAUUUCAUGGUGAAAAUCUGUUCUGCAUACAAGAAAUUCUUGUUCUGUAGUAGACUUUACCACCCUGAAUGUCUCCAGCUCUUGUUGACCGAUGGGUGGUGAACCAUGCUGUGAACUGGAUAUCCCACAAAGGCUACUACAAGUUCUUAGUAUACAUGGAGACACAGCAUGUUAAUGACCACAAUGGAAAUCUGCUUUAAGGUGAACCAUCAUGAAAUAAGGCAGAAUUGCACUUUUAUGUGUCAUGGCAUAUUAUAGACCAGUAUUCGUCUGAUGGCCUAGGACCAGAAGGUAAGAAGGCCGUACCGGCUCUCUUUCUGAAAUGACGGUACUCUUUUGUGAUUCUUUCAUUCUCAGAGCUGGUAUGAACCUGGGAGUGAACUGUGAAUGAAUAUAUUCUCACUUGAAUCAUUUUGCUGAUCUCAAUAAGUUUGCAUUUCACUAGCAAUUUUUUCCUUUUUUUUAACCCCACCGAUCCAGCUGUGUAGACAAUCAUUUUUUUAAGUUGAUAUUGUGUGGACCAAUUUGUGUGCAGUUAAUUUUGCCUUAGGCACCAUUUAUAUUAUUUUUCAAGCUACGUCGCUGGUAUACCAGCAAAAAUAUAUUUUGACUAAUGUAUCUAUUGACAUAGGCCACACCUAGUUUACUAGUGACUACAUUUGGCCUGUUCCCCAGGAGGAAAAAAAAAAAUACUUUUUUUUUGUUCACAAAGUAGUGUCCCAGGAUAAAAUCUAGUGUACAUUAAUAAAACAGACCACACAUAGUCACUAGUAUAGUGGUCAAUUAAAGGAGCACCAAGGUGUACACCAGGAUACCUAACCUAUGCCUGCAACAUAGCCUGAGAAUGUGAUGUGGAUGGAGCCUUACACACUCAUUUUCAUUUGUUCUUAAUUUGAGCAUGGGAACUGUACAACAUUUUUAAGUUUUGUUCUAAAAUAUGUUGCACUGAAAUUUUAACUGUAUAUAAACAUAUGGGUAAUUUUUGGCUCUGGAUGCAUAAUGCUCUAGAUUUUCAUCCUCUGUAUGUUAGAUUUGCUGCAUUUGUAUAAAAGGGGAGUGGGUAAGUACUGUUAAAUUGUAAAACCAUAACUUAUUUUGAAAUAAAACGUUUCAGAAUGUA